AUGUGCCUGUGUGCUAACCGUGCAGCUCAGAAAGAGUUUGAGACAGCUUACCCUCCGAUUGACGCUGAUCCUCACUUCCGGCGCGUUGUGCGAUACUUCCGCCCGUCGGACUACUAUGCGAUGGCCGGUGCCACGGUGGCUUUCCCGGGCGCGCUCUAUCUGAUGGAAAAUGCUGACCCGGCGCGGGGCAAGGGCAAGCUCGGUGCGGCUAUGAAGCUCUCUGCCUUUUUGGGUCUCUGCGGUGGUUUCUUGUAUGCGUACCAGCGCUCGACGUUCCGCUUCUGGGGCUGGACCGAGAAUGAGCGGGAGCAGUCGAUGGCACAGGCCGAGGCUGCAUCUGGCAACGUGAUUGGGCAGGGCAAGAGCUCAUUAACGAAAGAGAUGCAGGGCGCUGCGUACCGCAACAGCAUCUUCUCGCAGCUCAACCUGGGUACGUGUGAAAACUAA